AAGAGAGUAGAGUGGGUAAGUUGACAGAGGAAGGAAAAGUAGAGAAACCGGGGGAGGGAAAGGGUUUGGCUGAUCCGAUCCGAAUUGAAGGAGAGAGAGAGAGGAAUGGGUAGCGGAGAGAGAGCAGAGGCAGAGAGUGGGGCGUCGCUACCGUCAGUGGGAACAGACGCAAAGAAGCGUAGAGUUACGUAUUUCUACGAACCCAGCAUCGGUGACUACUACUACGGUCAAGGUCACCCAAUGAAACCCCAUCGCAUUCGCAUGGCCCACAACCUCAUCGUUCACUACGCGCUUCACCGUCGCAUGCAGAUCAACCGCCCCUUCCCCGCUGAGGUCGCUGACAUCCGCCGCUUCCACUCCGACGAGUACGUGGAAUUCCUCUCCUCCGUCUCGCCGGAGAUCCUCUCCGACAAUUCCCACUCUCACUACCGCCAACUCAAGCGCUUCAACGUCGGCGAGGACUGCCCCGUCUUCGACGGCCUCUUCGACUUCUGCAGCGCCUCCGCCGGCGGCUCCAUCGGCGCCGCCGUCCGUCUCAACCGUGCUGAUGCCGAUAUCGCAAUCAAUUGGGCCGGCGGUUUGCACCACGCCAAGAAGUCCGAAGCCUCUGGGUUCUGCUACGUCAACGACAUCGUCCUCGGCAUUCUCGAACUUCUCAAAGUUCAUAGGCGUGUGUUGUAUGUUGAUAUUGAUGUUCACCAUGGAGAUGGAGUUGAGGAGGCAUUUUACACUACUGAUAGAGUGAUGACAGUGUCAUUUCAUAAGUUUGGGGAUUUUUUCCCCGGAACCGGGCACAUUAGAGACACUGGGCUGGGUACUGGAAAGAAUUAUGCACUGAAUGUCCCGCUCAAUGAUGGAAUGGAUGAUGAAAAUUUCCGCAGUCUGUUUCGUCCCAUCAUUCAAAAAGUCAUGGAUGUUUAUCAACCUGAUGCUGUUGUUCUUCAAUGUGGAGCUGACUCUUUGUCUGGUGACAGGCUGGGUUGCUUCAACUUGUCGGUGAAGGGUCAUGCUGAUUGCCUUCGUUUCAUACGAUCUUUCAAUGUUCCUCUAAUGGUCUUGGGUGGGGGAGGAUAUACAGUUCGGAAUGUUGCUCGUUGCUGGUGUUAUGAGACAGCAGUGGCAGUUGGAGUGGAGCCUAAUAAUAAGUUGCCUUACAAUGAAUAUUAUGAAUAUUUUGGCCCAGAAUAUACCCUUCAUGUCGAUCCAUACAACAUGGAAAACCUAAACACACCCAGUGAUCUGGAAAGAAUUAGGAAUACUUUACUAGAACAACUUUCUAGACUUCCCCAUGCACCUAGUGCACCUUUUCAAACAACACCAUCAACCAUACAAGUUCCAGAAGAGGAAGAGGAGGACAUGGACAUAAGACCACAACGUCGCAUAUGGAAUGGUUUAGAUUUUGAUUCUGAUAAUGAUGAUGACAUGACUAGUUCAAGGAACUUGAACUUAACUUCCCAAAUGAGGUAUGUUGCAGAUGAGAUGGAAGAAGAUAAACCAGGAGUGUAUCCGUCAUCAUAAACUUGAUAGAACGGAGCGAGUACUAGAUUAGCAUGUUAGAUGUGAUAAUGGGAAGAUCAUUACCAUUUGAGCUAUCUAAUAUUUACAUAUUUUCGCUCGAUUUGUUAGACGUACAUUUUCUAGUUUAAAUAUUUUGAUGUACAAAGUAGGAAGUAGUGUUGCCAAAUGGCGGCCUGGAGGAUGGUGGUGCACUUCAGGUGUGUAAUGGAUGUAAAAAAAAAUCCGAGCAAGCAAUGAAACAGAAAUGAGGAUUUUAAUACAGAAACAAUUCUCUGCUAUAUUAUUAUCUCUCAGUUUCUUACAACGGAAGGGAAAGUAUCACUAUGAACAGUAGAAACAGAGAAAACUCGUUAAUGUAUUGAAAAGGUCAUGACAAGAUUUAGAGAAUAUACAAAAAGAGAAGAAAUUAAAUCAGACUUUCUACACCCUUCUCUCUUCGCAACCACAUGCUAUAUAAUAAACUCUAGACCAAUCAUACUCCUUGAGCCUUGGCUAGUUAUUUUGGGCCUAAUGCUCUUGUUUACACCUUGGUCAUUAAGAUCAGCUACUACUUGUUUAUCAUGAAUUUCAGCACUUUCCUCUACACUUGUUACAUGAACACCACCCCUAAGAAAAGGUUACCAACUGAGACAAACCCAAAUGCAUAUGGGCCUAAUGAGCCAUUGAUCCAAGAAGCCAAUACUGGGGAAGGAUGUAUGAGAGGAAGAAAAUUAGAAAAAGUGACGUAGCAAGUUACGAGAAAUAGGUUGGUUAGAUGAGAGAGAAAAAGGGGAAUCUUUAUUGUAUUUAGAAAUAGGUAGGUGUGGGGACCAAGGAGGGCAUUUUGUUUUGUUGAUUGAUUUGGGUAGAGGGCCAUUGUGGUUGUUCUAAAGGAGCUUACGCUCUGGGCAGUGAGAUUUCUCAUCCUACUGUAUUUCUGACUUUCAAUUAAAUAGAAUCAAUUCGUUAUUUUUUC